AUGAGCGCGGUUAAUUUAAUUCCAGAAGGCACAGCUUCAUCUUUAGAAGGCAUGCAGCAGUCGAGUCGAAAAGAGAGUUUCCUCAAGAGGUGUCCAGAAUUUGCUCAAGAUUACGACCUCCUAAACCGAGUUCUUACGAUUGCCUUAAUUUGUAUUCAGUCAAAUCAUAUCGAGGACCAUUAUAUCAACAGAUUUUUAAUGUUUCUUGGCACGAAGUACCUCCCAUGUCUUAUCAGAGAACGCGACAAUGACCCUUUGCCUCCAUAUGCAGUGUGGAAGCAUAGAUCUAGUCAGUAUUACGGUGAAAGUCAUCCAAGUAUAACAUCGUCAUGUCGCCAGAUGUUAGAUUCCCACAGCGGUUCCAAAUCCGAUCUUGAAUUCAGAGGGUUCUUGGAUAAGAAUUGUCAAUUCUUCCUCGAACUCUGCAGAGAAACAAUAAAUCCCAUACCAGGCCCAGCUCCACUCAAAUCAUAUGCAAACUUUGAACUUCAGCUUGUUCUAGUCGAUCGUUCACUUGAAUCUAAAUCAAAGGCUUCCGUCUCAACAAAAGUCGAAGCCAAGAUGGAAGAUAAGGUCAAGGGUGAAGUUCUAGGAAAACUUUCGGAGCUGGCAGGAUCCAUCAAGUCCGUUAUCGAAGUCGUGGCCAACGGCGGCACGAAAAUUACAUCAAAUGGAUCUAAUAGUCUCGAACAACCAAGCAAGAAAAGAAAGGAAGCCCCAGAAUAG